AUGUCACGCACCCCAGAAGCACGCGAUAUUCAUUCCAUCAGCUUUGCUGCGAGGCUCAUCAACCCCACCUGUAUACUUCCACUCCGGAAUCAGCAGGAUUGUCUCGAUUUUCAAACACGUCUACGCCACCAAGAGAUGUUUGUCAUGUCAGGCCGUCCUCUGCCACUCAUCGUCGAAGCCUUUUGCAAUCUGGCCCGUCACGGAAAUGCUAUCAAUUUGCUCGUUGACGACACUCUCGGUGGGUACUCCAUUGCCAUCAAGGUCGUUAACCUACUUCUCACCGCCGUCAACAAUUCGCGCUUUCCAAUCGCCUCCCUGGACAUCAGAGCCCUUGAGCAGGCAUCAUAUCCCCUACAUCCUUGUCCUCCACUUUCGCUUGCUGAAGAGAUGAUGCCCAUGUCGUGGCCGUCGAUCCUGUGCUGUGAUCUUUGGCAUCAAGCUCAUCUCAUAUACUACCGAGCACCCGUCAAAUUUCGCAUCUUCAGACCAACUCAGAGAACCUGCAGCGAGAUUUUCGUCUCGCCCGUGCUUGAAGAUGACGGCUUGAGACUCGACGGCUUAAAACUUGAAUUGCGCUCGGGCAUCCAAGGGGCGUACACGGAUUUCACAGAGCCUGAAAGCUUCCGACGAUGGUGUACAAUUAUACAGUACACGUUCCCGUUUCAUCGAGUCUCUUCUUUGCUUGUCGAGGACUGCGAAAUCAUCACAUGGACAGCUCUCUUUGACUCUCUCCAAUUCACGCGACAAGCAGCAUCGCUCACGUUUCGCGGUGUCGAGCUCCACGUUGAAGGGCAAAACGACUACGGAACUUUGGUCGGUUUGCUGAAGUCCUUGAAAGAAUGGCCGAUGCUUAAACAUCUGAAGUUCAAGAACAUUAGCAUCUUGUAUUACGACACCAACCUUGUAUGCCAGGAGACACCGCUUCAGCUUUACAACCAUGAAUGGAACACAGCGGCGGAUGUUCAGCUGGGGCUUGACGAUCUCAUUCGCAAAUUUGACAACAACGCGGAUUCUUGA